UCUCCCUUCCCCAAUCUCUCCAAGCCGGGGCGGGCAGCGCGCGGAGACCAGCCCCCGAGGCGGGGUCGCCCCGUCCCAUGCCGGCAUCGCUCCUCCUCCUCCUCGGGGGGCGGGAAGUUACGCUUUGGCCGCCGCCGGGCCGGAGCCCCGCCGACUUUGGCGCCGUCGUCGUCCCGCGCUCCAGUCUGUCCGCUACGCAAGGGGCCGCCGAGGGCCUUCGGAGGGGCCGGCGCCAGGCGCGCUGAAGCCGACUCCCUCCUGGCGCCCACCAGACGCUGGCUGGGCGAGCGGGCGAGCUCCCCCUGUCGGGCGCACCUCCAUCCCAAAAUGCCCGCCUGGGCGAUCCUGCCUAUCGCCUUGCCAGCCUUCAGCAUCACCGGCAUGUGGAUCGUGUAUGCCAUGGCACUGUCCAACAAUCACAUCUGCCCAGUCCAUAAUUGGAUUUAUAAUCAAUCUUGUGAGCUGGAUAGCCCUAUUUUCUGCUGUACGUUGGAUCAUAUCCCUCUUGUCAGCAAGUGUGGUACCUUCCCCCCAGAGAGCUGCUUCUUCAGCCUGAUCUGCAGCUUGGGCUCAUUCAUGGUGAUGCUGGUUGGCCUGCUGAGAUAUGCGCACGUUAUAGAGCAUUACGGCUCUUCCCUUCUCAACACUUUGGGGCUGGCUUUAGGCUGGAUCUGUGCAGCUGGCCUCAUUAUGGUGGGCAACUUCCAGGUGGACCAUGCUAAAGUCCUGCAUUACAUCGGGGCAGGUGUGGCGUUCCCUACCAGCAUGCUUUUCAUACUCCUUCAGUCCAUCCUGACUUACCGCAUGGCAAAAUCCAGAGGCCAUUACUGGACUGGGCAUCUGCGCAGCAUCCUGGCAGCCCUGGCUUUCAUCACCCUCAUCUUCACACCCCCAUGUGGCGUAUUUUUCAUCCAACAGAGUUUCGUCCUGCAACACCUAGCCGCCCUCUGCGAAUGGAUGUUCAUCAUAAACGUCCUCGUCUUCUACGGCACCUUCACAGCUGAAUUUGGAGCCAUCUCCACGGACACCUUUCUGGUUCUCCUGAAAGCCAGGCGGACUCCCAAAAGCUUCAAAGUGGAUAGCAGCACACCAAGCAUGUCACAUGUUCACAGCCAUUUGGAGAACAUGGCCAUGAUGGGAAGGGAUGGCUAGGAAACUGGUUCCUCGCAAGAGCCGGGGAGAGCUGUGCUUACUGGGACUUCCAACGAUACCAAAAAAAAAAAAAAGGGAGAAAAGACAGAAUAUUGUUGUGAACUUGCCUUAAGAAUCACCUCUUGUAUUUAUUUUGCCUAUGUUAACACACUUAACGGUGCCAUGGGCAUAGCCACAUUCCAGUACCACCAGUAGCCUUUAUGGAGCAAGAUUUCCAUAUCCUUGGAUCAAAGACUCUCCUUCCAAUGUGCACAAGAGGAGGGAGAAGAUGACAAAUGGCAAUACUGAGAAGUGUAGGUAGGAUACCUGUUGCCAUUGACGAGAGAGAGUAAGACAGAUUUAAUUUUGGGUAAGUGGCACAGCUCACCUUUUUGGCACCUGCAGUUUAGUACCUGGGUUGAAGAAAGAUGCCCAUGAUCUGGAUUUCAGACCCACAGCAGAUAUGGACUUUUUAAAAAAAACAAAACACCUGGGACUUGGAAUCAGAUGUGAGCUGUCCCUAUAAAACGUGCUCCUUUCAUCCAAGGAGAGAAGCCCUCUUUUGAAGUGGCCUUAAUUUCUUCAGGACCAAAAGUAUGUGUUGCGUUAGUUGUUGCUUUUUGCCAACUUAGUGCGGUUCUGUUUACUCGAGCAAGAGGAUUAGCAGUGAGCAAUAAUUACAAGAGGCUUUCGUUUUAUGCUCCUUGAAAAAGUCCCAGCUGAGUUGGUAGCCGAUUGCUUAUCAAGGAAGUCUUGGGCAAGUCCAGAAUGUCUCUGAUCAGUCUCACAUCACUGUCUCACAUCACUAAAUCUCACCGGAA